GAGGUAACAAUAUUCUGUCUGUUAACUUUGAACAUUGGCAAACGAUAGGUGCUGUAUGGUCAGAUUUCGUAGUCAGACUGGAUAAUUACGUCUAAACAAAUACGGAAAUAUCCAGUGAAAAUCAAGGUUAAAACAAACUUAUAGUAGACCAGUCGCUUCGUGAUACAGAGGAUUCGCCGAAGCUUUAACUGUGUUGGAACGAGUCCGAAUAGAUUUUGUUGUGUUGGUAGAUGCGAGCAAAUAAUGACUGAUUGUUCUUUCGUGAAAGCGUCAAACAAUACAAAAGGCAGUACAAUCGACGUCUUCUACUCUAGUGUACCUACAUGAAGAAUGGGAAUUUCAUUUAAAAUAUAAAUUGGAUUUAAUUUGAAGGUAGAAAUAGACCAUCUAAAUGUUGACCCCAGGCUGUUUUAAUCUCUACAAUUGUUUUAUUGUAGUCCUGCUAUGCACUGCUCAAGCAUUUCGCAGGGUCUGUUAUUUUACCAACUGGUCUUGUGAUCUCUUGGAACCGGCGGCUCAUUUUUGUAUAAGUGAUAUAGACCCCGCUUAUUGUUCGCAUUUAAUUUACGCUUUCGCAAAUAUAAACACUACAACUUUAGAACUAUCACCCACACGUCCUGAUGAUAUUGGUUUAAAAGGUGGAAUACCGCGCUACCAGAAAUUCAACGACUUUAAGUUACAAUAUCCUGAACUAAAAACUCUUUUAUCUGUUGGUGGAUCUCUACAGCAGAGUCUCGGCUUUUCAAAAGUAGUUGAAAGUGCCCGUUCCAGAACAGAUUUUUCACAGCGUGCAGUUGAAUAUUUACGGAAGUGGAACUUCGAUGGCCUUGACCUUGAUUGGGAAUAUCCCGGCGAUCCUCCGGCAACCAAGCGAAAUUAUACAUUGCUUCUACAUGAUCUCCGGCUACAAUUCGCCGACGAGGCCAGAAAGUCUGGUAGGGAGAGACUUCUCUUAUCAAUAGCUGCCCCCGUUAGUCCAGAAAAACGGGAGAAGGGUUUCCAGGUAGAAAAUGUUGCAAGAGAAGUUGAUUUUAUAAAUUUAAUGGCUUAUGAUUUCUUUGGUGGUUGGAACAAGAUAGCUGGUUUUAAUAGUCCACUGUUUGGACGUAAUUCUGAUCCAAGAUUUUCACCAAUGAUGAAUGUGGAAUGGACAGUAAAUCAGUGGAUAUUAAACGGAGCUGACAGACAGAAAUUAACAGUUGGAAUAGCAGGGUAUGGUGUUGGGUAUACUCUUACCAAUGAUACUAACUAUGCCGUUGGUGCCAAGGUUGUGGGUCCUGGAGAAAAAGGUCCAUACCGACAUAUGGAAGGACAGUUAGCAUAUUAUGAGAUAUGUGAAUUGUUUGAAAAUGCAACAUAUAAAUGGGACCCGGUGCAGAAAUCACCUUACGCUUAUAUAGAAGACCAAUGGGUUGGAUUUGACAAUAAUAGAAGUGUUGCAGAAAAGGUGAAUUGGAUGGUACUUCAGAACUUGGGUGGAGUAAUGCUAUGGUCCUUGGAUCUGGAUGAUUUUAAAGGAACGUUCUGUAAAAAUGGGAAAUUUCCAUUACUAAAAUCAAUCCAUGAAGCUGUUGCCAAACACUUCCCAGAGAUAAUCAUAACCACAACGACACCGACAACAAUAACGACAACAGAGGAUACUACCACUAUGCCUACAACGAUCAGCACAACAACGACGGAAUCAACAACUACUAUGACUUCCGAGAUACCAACCGGAAACGACGUAUUGCCAAGAUCGACAACUCCAAAUGUUAAAACUACAAAGGAUAUGGGAGAAAUUGACAACAGACCUGAUUGGGAACCAAUUAACACUAAACCUCCUUACGAGGACAAUAAAACUAGCGAUGAAGAUGAAAUUGACGAUAGAUUUGAUGAACGUGAAAACAUGAUUGACGAUAAAAUAAAACGUCAACCCGUAGCCGCUAAGUCGGGUUCAAAUGAAUUGGUUCUAUCAAGUUUCUGUUUUGGAGCUGUGUUUGGAAUAUGGACGUUAACAAAAUAGACACUUCAGUGUUCAGAGACAUGUUUUAAACAUACUAGUAAGUUAUUUCUUUCGUGAUCUUUAGGAAAUGUGAAUUUCGCCCAAUCAGUGACUAUCAAACUGGAUUUUUUGUUUAAUAAUAUAAUGAUCUAUAUUUUAUUAAUAGCCUAGAAUACUCCAUACGUUUUAGCGAUAUAAUUUUGCAAUUUUAACGUUCAGUAAAAUACAUCUUAGUGCGAACAUGCUUGCUCACAAGUUCGAACAUGAUAAUCGCAGGAUGGGGCAACUGCAGGAUCCGGGAUAUUAUAUAAAAACAUCAUUGCAAAUUAAUAUAUUUGUCUUGAAUAUUAUACGUAACAAACUGUGUAAUGUAAACAUUAAAUGGCGAACUUGUCAGAUUGGAUUUAUUAUUUAUUAUAGUGAUCUACAUAUUAUAAAUACACCAUGCGUUAUAGAGGUAAAUUAAAAUUUUAACUUUCAGUGAAAUUAUAUCUUUAUACAUGCAGGAUUGCUCACACUUUCGAUAUCAAGUAGACUGAUCUGAUUGUCUCGUCAUCAACAAAAUAAUUACCAGUGUGCACUCGCCUUGAAGUCAGCUAUCCUUGUAUUAGACGUGUUAGACGCGUGUAAUUCAACAUCUUAUCUUCUCGGCUUAUAUACACGUUCAAAUCGUAAUAAUUAUAUUUUAAAUCUUUUUAAAGGCCCUGUAAAAUGCCAAUAAAUAAAUAUUAAUACAUGCAUAUAUGAAACAGCUGAUACGAAAUAUACACAAUAGAAAUAAUUAUUUUAAAUCCUUCUGCCACCCACUCUAUUGGAGCCGUUUAAAGUACCAGGUCCAGUCACAUCUACCAGCAUAUGUAAUAUAUGUACACAGCAGUAUGAUCAUUUGUCGAGUGUAUAAUCCAAUAAUAAUUCAUACCACACCCGUUUACUCUCAAUGGUUGCAAGUCACAUUAUUGGGGAACCAAAAAUUACGACACCAUAUCAAGUUCCAUUGACCCCAUAUCUAUUUGAAUUAAAAUUGUUAGUUUAGAUUUUCGCAUAUUAGCUUUUAAACUAACAUUUAACACCUAUUUUGGACAUGUUCUUUUGACGUUAACAAAGUUGAGAGGUAGUAUAUAGAGAAUUUCAGAAGAUAUGGCCAUGCCCCCUUGGUCCUGAAUAUGGCUACCAAUUCUAUCGCCAUUUGCAAUGACUACUAAAGCCCACAUUUAUGUCAUUGGUAAUUCUAAACGAUAUUUGAUGUUGGCAUGCAACCAAAGAACCGUCUAGUUUAAUUGGCCAAUGUAAACGUUCGAACGCCUAGAUUUUCUCUGAAAAUAAGUGAUUUAAAUUUCAUUGAAUUGAUAGUCUAUUUCUUUCGAUAUAGCCUUAAUAUGGUUCCAAUGAUCUCGCGGGAUCACCCGGUCUACUCGUCAGAUGUUUUAAUACAUGGGCCCCAACAUAGGCCGAUAUAUUGUACAGUUUCAAUAUAAUAAAUUAAGAAAAAAACAUGAUGAUUUAUAUUGAUUCGCUGCUAAAGCGGUUUAGGUUUUUCCCAUCUGGUCUCAUAACAAAUACUAAUAUGUAAAAAUGUAUAGAAGGUGAAGGUCAUUUAAUAUAUCUUUAACUUUUCUCUUUAUCUAAGUAUGUUUAUGUCCAUGCUUUAUCUAAGUAUGUCCAUGCUUUACUUGUGAACAUUCUAGUCAUUGUAUCAUAAAAUAUUUGUCUGUAACUAAAACCGUUGGUUCUACAAUAAAUAACAUGUAAUGAAAUGAAAAA